AUGGCGGCUCGCAGCGGGGACAAGCGUGGUCUUGAACAUCUGGACGAAUAUGAACCAAAACCGGCGAAGCACCUCCGCAGCCUCCACGACCGCAUGACGGAAAAGCGGCUCGUUGUUAUUUUGGAGGGAGCGACGCUAGAAACAGUAAAGGUGGGCAAAGCAUUUGAACUACUAAACUGUGACCAGCACAAAAGUAUAAUCAUCAAAAGUGGACGGGAUCCAGGGAAGAUAAGGCCAGACAUCACACACCAGUGUCUGCUGAUGUUGAUGGACAGUCCGCUGAACCGUGCUGGCCUGCUGCAGGUUUACAUCCACACAGAGAAAAACGCCCUGAUAGAAAUCAACCCACAGACGCGCAUCCCAAGAACCUUCAACCGCUUCUGUGGCCUUAUGGUUCAGCUGCUGCACAAGCUGAGUGUCAGGGCGGCUGAUGGCCCUCAGCGGCUUCUGAGGAUAAUAAAAAACCCUGUGUCAGACCACCUGCCCCCCGGCUGCCCCCGCAUCAGCACCUCCUUCUCUGCAGGAGAGGCCGUCUGCCCUCGCUCUGUGGUGCCUAAGGAUGGACCUGCAGCAGUCGUGAUAGGAGCAUUCGCACAUGGAGCGGUGAACGUGGACUACACAGAGAAGACGGUGUCUAUCAGUAACUACCCCCUCUCUGCUGCACUGACCUGUGCCAAGUUGUGCUGUGCCUUCGAGGAGGUUUGGGGUGUCUUGUGACAAAAAGAGAACUUCCUCUUGAUGCUGACCUGGCACAGUCAGCAGAUCUCAUGGAUGUUUUUCAUGGACUAGGAAUGGAUGUGACAAGAAUGUUGCCCAGAACCUUGAUUUCAGCAGCGAUGCCACCUGGGUGGUGGAUAUGUAUCCUGUUGAUCAUCAGGUGCAACAGCGCAGUGUUUGGACACUGUAAUGUUGAAUACUACAGUGGAAUAUGUGUUUUGUGUUUAGUAUUCCCUUUUCCAAUGCAGAGGUUUAGUUUGUUUUUGUACCAAAUACUGAACUUUGGAUUAUCACUUGAUAUAGUUGUAUUAAACUCUGUGAGCUACA